AUGACAACAUGUCCUCCCGCACCUACACGGAAGUUCUUUGCAGGGUUGGGAUCUGGGGCUGGGUCUGGGUCUGGGUCUGGGCCUGGCCUUGGUUGCACAUUAACGUGCUACUGGUUCGUGCGGUCAAACACCCUCAUACAUACCAAGCGAGAUGUUGACCUGUGGUCUUUGCGAAGUCGGCUACGGCGGCUGUGCCGUGUCAAGAUGCACGAGAAUCUACCAAAUAACCUUGCAAUAUUAUACAGUAGUACGGUACGGAGGAAUGCCUUGGUCGGAAGAUGUGGCUGCAGCAGGAUUUCUUCUGAGGAGAAUAGUAGCGAAUAAG